AUAAAAUAAAUGAUCUAAAGUGAUUUUAUCAUCUUUAGCUUUCAUCAUGUACAUGCAUGCUUGCUGCAUAGCAAGCAUGCAUGCUAAAUCAUGAUGCAUGCUUUGAAAUCAUCAGGAGUAGAUCAUAGAUGGAUAGAUCCAGUGCUAUGAUUGCUUUGCUAGCUUAGGCUCGCCCCUUAAUGUUCUACAUUACUUCUAGUUAAAAAGUAAUUUGAUCAGUACAGUAGCCUUCUUUCCACCCCCAAUGAUUCCAACAUCCACCCUCUUUUCUGGAGAUCAGCAAUGAACCUACUGGAGUCCCUAUUUAUUCUAACUAUACUCUCCAUUUUUGUAUUAUCUACUACAAGCAAGGAUGAAAAUACAUUUAAAGGAUUGAUAGGAGAUCAGGGAGAGAAAUGGUAUAAGGGAGACAAAGGAGAUAAAUGUGACAUUGGACCAGUAGGACCAGCAGGUCCUAAAAGUGGAGGAGCAGUGUACACUCGUUGGGGAAGGAAGUCCUGUCCUGCUGGAGCUGAACUGGUUUAUGAGGGACUAGCUGCAGGUGGUCAUUACACUCAUAUGGGAGGAGGAGCUGACCAUGUCUGUUUGCCUGCAAAAGAGCCUCAAAAUAUGAAAAAACCUGUACCUCCUCGUUAUUCUUUGAUAUAUGGUACAGAAUAUGAAAAUGUCAAUGAUAUAUUUCCAGGGAAGAAUAAUCAUAAUGUUCCUUGUGCAGUUUGUUAUGCACCAAACAGAAGCACUAAACUGAUGAUUCCCUCUAGAACCAGCUGUCCUUCAUUAUGGACUAUGGAAUAUAAAGGAUAUCUGAUGACCAGUCUGUCCAGUCACGACAAUCAUAAUAAAAAUAGCUUACAUGAGUGCGUUGAUGACAAUCCUGAAUCCAUUGAUGGAAGUGAUGCUAAUACUGAUGGUGCUUUGUUUUAUUUUAUUCUCUUAAGAUGUAUUGGUACUGGUAUUCCUUGUCCACCUUAUGCUGAAAAUGAAUUUGUUACUUGUGUUGUGUGUACUAGGUAAUUUUUUACUUUUGUGUAGCUAUUUUUGAAUCUUUAGCAUUUCAAAAAAGUUUUGCAAACUCCA